CGCAUCUAUAAGCGAAACUCGAAAGUGAGUGAUUGACGGGCCGCAAGCGAAUGAUGGUGGAUUUUGGUUAUUUAUUAAAUGACUGCAGUUUUAACUUGCAAGUUUUUGUGUAUGAAUGAACAAAGGAACUUUCAUCGAAUAUAUCUAGGAUUGUUUAGCAUAUGUACCCCCGCGUGCCCAUAUGUUAAUCGUAGAUUAUUAUGGGAAGAGAAAUGUGUCAAUCAGCAUCAACAAAUGGUGUUUUAUAUUAGUGAACGGUAGUCAUGUGAAGAGGGUUAUGACUUUGAGCAGGGAAUUAAAUAGGAAAUUAGGAGUGAAAUUUGUGUUUGUGUUGUGUGGAAGUGCUUAGUUUUUUGAGGUGAAGGUGAUUAUCCAGACUCAAAAUGGCGGACCUCGAGGCAGUGCUGGCCGACGUCAGCUACUUGAUGGCAAUGGAGAAGUCCAAAUGUACUCCAGCAGCCAGGGCCAGCAAAAAGAUCGUGUUACCCGACCCAAGUGUACGGAGUGUCAUGCAUAAAUAUAUGGAGAAGAAGAAUGAAGUAAAUUUUGACAAAAUUUUUAAUCAAGUCUUAGGUUAUUUAUUAUUUAAGGAAUUCUGCGAACAAACAUCAGACGAGCCAGUGCCACAGUUAAAGUUUUAUGAAGAGAUUAAAUUAUAUGAAAAACAAGAGUGUAUCGAAGAAAGGCGGAGAAUCGCGAGAGAUAUAUAUGAUAAUUUUAUAAUGAAGGAAUUAUUAGCACUUUCACAUGAUUAUUCAAAAGAAUGCGUAGCACAUGUACAAAAAUAUUUAAUGAAACACGAAGUGCCACCCAAUCUUUUUGAGCCGUACAUAGAAGAAAUAUUUCAACAUUUAAGAGGAGAGCCGUUUAAAAAUUUCUUAGAAAGCGACAAAUACACGAGAUUCUGCCAAUGGAAAAACUUAGAACUCAAUAUACAGUUGACUAUGAAUGACUUCAGUGUACAUCGAAUCAUCGGACGAGGCGGCUUCGGAGAAGUAUACGGAUGUCGGAAGGCUGACACGGGGAAGAUGUACGCAAUGAAAUGCCUGGACAAGAAACGCAUCAAGAUGAAGCAAGGCGAGACGCUCGCCCUCAACGAGAGGAUCAUGCUCUCUCUAGUCAGUACCGGGGUGGAUUGCCCAUUCAUCGUGUGUAUGACUUACGCGUUCCACACGCCGGACAAGCUGUGCUUCAUACUGGACCUCAUGAAUGGCGGGGACUUGCACUACCACCUAUCGCAGCACGGCGUCUUCAAUGAGGCAGAGAUGAAGUUUUACGCGGCUGAAGUUAUAUUGGGUUUGGAGCACAUGCACAAACGCCACAUAGUGUACAGAGACCUGAAGCCUGCGAACAUCUUGCUCGACGAGCACGGGCACGUGCGGAUAUCCGACCUGGGGCUCGCCUGCGACUUCUCCAAGAAGAAACCACAUGCCAGCGUUGGCACUCACGGCUACAUGGCACCCGAAGUCCUGUCUAAAGGCACGGGCUACGACUCAUCAGCCGAUUGGUUCAGCUUCGGCUGCAUGCUCUACAAGCUGUUGAAGGGCCAUUCGCCCUUCCGCCAGCACAAGACGAAGGACAAACACGAGAUCGACCGGAUGACGCUUACCAUGAAUGUGGAGCUACCUGAAUCAUUCAGUCCAAGCUUGAAGAGUUUAUUAGAAGGUCUAUUACAGAGGGAUAUCAACAAACGCCUGGGCUGUAAAGGACGCGGUGCCGAUGAAGUGAAAGAGCACGUGUUCUUCGCCGGCAUAGACUGGCAGCAAGUGUACCACCAGAAGUAUACGCCGCCGCUGAUACCGCCGCGGGGCGAGGUCAACGCUGCCGAUGCAUUCGAUAUUGGCAGUUUCGAUGAAGAGGACACUAAGGGGAUUAAGCUUACAGAGGCAGAUCAGGCGCAGUACAAGGACUUCCCGCUCGUGAUCUCUGAGCGCUGGCAAGGCGAAGUGGCCGAAACAGUCUUCGAGACUAUCAACCAAGAGGCGGACAAGAUGGAGCUGAAGAAGAAGGCCAAGCAGAAACAAAAGUUUGAUGCUGAUGAAAAGGAGUCAGACUGCAUAUUGCAUGGCUACAUCAAGAAACUCGGCGGACCCUUCGCCAGCGCCUGGCAGACGCGCUACGCCAAGCUGUACCCCAACCGCCUGGAGCUGCACCUGGAGAACAGCGCCAAGCCGGAGAUGAUCCUGCUGGACACUGUGGAGGAGGUCUCCUCGGACCUAGUUCAGAUCAAGAACGAACAGUGCAUCGUGCUGCGUACUAGGAACGAUACUAAAAUCGUGCUCACCAACACUGACGAGAUUGGUCUGAAAGAGUGGGCGCUGUCGCUGCGGUCGGCCCACAAAUGCUCCCAGGAGCUGUUGGCUUCUAUGGCGAAGAAAGCGGGCAAGAUCUACGGCACGGACGGUUCCAAGGAGGGCCUCGGGAUGGUGAGGCCCCAGCCCGCCGCCUCGCCGGCCCUCACGCGCGCACCUAACGGGAGCAACUAGCACGAGCUUCCCGCGCCCAACAAGGGCGCGAAGAUGUUCCGCCGCUCCAAGAGCGCCGCGCAGCUCAUCAAGUGAAGUGGUGUGCUCGCGUGUCGCUUGUGUGGCGGAAUGUGACUAUAUUAUUACGUGCGGUGACGUCACUGAGUGCACAGACGAUACAGUGAUCAGAGAACGAUAUUAUAGUUGCCGAUUAAACAAUUGAUAAGUCUUUCAUGAAGCAGGAGUUGUUGCGCAGCUCAUCAAGUGAAGUGGUGUGCUCGCGUGUCUUUUAUGUGGCGGAAUGUGACAAUAUAGUACGUGCGCUCCUAGUGCGGUGACGUCACUGAGUGCACAGACGAUACAGUGAUCAGAGACCGAUAUUAGCCUUUCAGGGAGCAGGAGUGUCGCGCAGCUCAUCAAGUGAACUAAUGCGUGAAUGUCGUUAGUGCUAGCGCGGUGACGUCAUGGGGUGCAUAAACGAUACAGUGAUCAGUGACCGUUAAUGUAGUUCCCGAUUAAACGCUGAUGAUUUAAUCUUUCAGUUUUUACUGUUUACAUCUAUGAAAUAUAUGAGCGUCGCACAACUCAUAAAGUGAAAUGAAGUAUUCGAAUAUCGCUUUAAAUUUGAAACGUUCUACUAUCACUAUUGUCCACGCAAAUCGCUAAUAUACUCUGCCUACAUUUUAGUUUUGUAAUAGCUAUUUAACUGAAGAUUGACAAUGUUUAAUUGAACUAGUAGAAUGCCAAUUAAAGAUAACUCUUCCUUGCUUUUGUAUAAUUAUUAAAUCCUAAUUUAUUUAUUAUUAGAUAUAUUUUUGGUUGCAUACAAUGUAAUGGGAUGUCAUUGCGACAAAGUCUCGUCGUAUUAGCAAUUAGCGAGAAUAAUACCGAUAUGCGUGUGCUUCUAUAGUAAUGACGUCACGUAUGGCGCGUGGAUUCAAAGACGAUACAGUGAUCAGUGAAUAAAUGUGUUCCUGUAAUUGCUGAAGGAUUAAUCAUUCACGUAUUCCCGUUAAUUAGAUGUAUGCUCUUAGUGGAUCGAGUGGUAGGCCUCGAGUGGUACUGUUGUUCGGUGUAUCGCCACAAACGCGAUCUUGAUCGCUCGCUCGACGCCGUCGCUCUAUAAUAUGGACUAUAGCGACUAUUAGGACUGCCAAUUAUUACUAAAUAAAAUAUUGUUCGCAUUUUUAUUGUUGUAGCAAUUAAUCAGAUAUAGGGGGUGAUAAAAUUUAAUGAAAUAAUAAAAAAAAACGUGUAUAAAUGAAAAAAAAAUCCUUUACAGUGAAACUUUAUUGUGGAUAUAAAAACUUUUGUAAUUGUUUGCACCCAUUACAUUUUGUAAUUAUUAUUAAUGUAACAUUCUGGAUGUUGUAUUUAACUAUGUAAAAAUAAUUAAUGACAUAUAAAUCUUGUAGCUAUAGUGAUUAUUAUAUAUAUGUCUGUGUUUGUGCAAUAGAUAAACUAAAAUCGCAUUCGACUAAUCGUAAUUGGUUAACGAUAAAAGUUAGUGUCUUGACAUUGUAAUUCAAAAAUUGAAAUAACUCGUGUAAUUAUAGAUGCUUGGAAAAUUAAUCUAUUUAUAAAACUAAAGAUUAUAGGCACUUCAGUUACGUCUCAAUAGAUGCGACCGCACUAAUGUUAUAAAUUAUGACACUUGUGUCAUAAAUGUUGACAGUUCUUGUCAUGUGCAUAAGUGUUGACGGUUCUUGUCAUGUGCAUAAGUGUUGACGGUUCUUGUCAUGUGCAGUGUUGACGGUUCUUGUCAAGUGCAUAAGUGUUGACGAUUCUUGUCAAGUGCAUAAUUGUUGAGGGUUCUUGUCACAUGCAUAAUAUUGUUGACGGUUCUGGUCAAGUGCAUUAGUGUUGACACAUCUAUCCUAUUGCACAGUAUGUAUAUCAAUGUUAUAUUUGUGUUAUCUAUGCUAGCUCUCUUGUGCAAUUUCAAUAGGUUUCUAGUAUCUCUUGCAUAUUUUGUAGUUAAUUCGAGAAUUUCAAUUAUGUUAUUUAUUACAAGGUACUUAAAAGUUAUAUUUUGUUUUCGUAUCUACUGUUGCAUAAUGCAAUAAGUUUGUUAUUUAUUCGUAUAGAAAAAUGUAAGUAGGAUUAUUGAAAAAAAAAAAAAAAACUCCUUUCAUAUUUAUUAUGAUACAUAGAGGCAAUACUUUUCUAAAUACCUUAGGUGUGGUAUUAUAACAAUAGUUGUGAAAAUUUAAAUGAUUACCGCGUAUACAGCGUUUAUGAAUUCUAUUGUAACUUUAUGUUCUCAUAGUGUUGAAGUUGACUUAUAUACAGACAUUUGUAUGUUUUAUAACAAUGCAAUUUUAUUUGAAAAGAUGUAAGUGUCUGAUGCAGAUUUAGUUAUUAUUUUUUUUAUUAUUAUUAUUAUUAAAAGUUGUAAUUAUUGCAUAAGCAACCAAGAUUUUUAGUAUAUGCUUUAAACAGAGCAAGGAAAAAUGUAUAGCAUUUUUUAAUAUAUUUCAGUAAAAUAAUAUUAUAUAUUUAUUAAGAAACCAGAAUUAGAGAUUUUUAUAUUAAUUAAUCUAUUUAAACAAUAAUAUCUGGCAAUAAAUAUGAAAUAUGGUGUAUGUAUGGUUCCCAUUUGAAAGUGGUCAUAGAACAUUGGUUUAUAAUAACUUCAUUGUUUGUGAUACUAACUGAUUGACUGUAGGACACUGGCUGCAUAUUUAUAUACAAAGUUGAGCUUUAUGGCAAUAGUCAAAGAGUCCAUUUUACUGUACCAUUACAUUGGUCGAUGGAUGUCCAAUGCUUCGUCUUUUUAACUAAUUUUACAUUUUUUUUAGAAUUUAAACUAUCAUGAGCUUAAUUCAUCUUAAUUUAUUCUGAAACAGGGCUGAAACGUCGAAGUGUGCCCGUCUAAUUUUAGUAGUUACUCAGUUUGGAUCGUGCCGCGUUGCAAGACCCAACUCAUGACUAAGGGCCCCGUGUGGGUUCGAAACUAGUCGGGUAUACUUCGAUGUUAUUUUCUAUUAAUAUUCCCAUUUCCCUCCAAUUAGUCGGGAAAGACUGUGUUAGGAGUAAUUACGACAAUAGACCACCGCACCGGGGCGGGAAUCGAACCACCACCCCUCGGUGAUGAGUCCAACCGUUGAGCUAUUGAGGCUGUACUUGCUUUCAAUCAUUUAUUAAAGCAUACAAUGAGUUAUUAUAAGUGAAAAUGGAUAGUUGUUCUUCUGUAUUUAUAGUUAGUUACAUUGUAUGUAUGAUAUUGUAGUAUAAAUUGAUGCAAUAAAAUUUCAAUUGUACAUAAUUUAAUAUAUUAGUGAAGGUGUAAAAUAGGGAAAUGUAAACAUCCUAUUAGCUAGUAAAAGUACGUACAUAUAAUGCCAAUAGAUAUUUUGUUCUGCCUUUUAUAUUUAAUUAAAUUAAAUAAUUAGUUACAUUUUAUUUAGAGAUUCAGUUUAUGUAAGGUAUAAGUUAUUUUUUAUCUUUUUUAGGUGGUUAUUCUGAACAAAUAAUUGUAUGCUAAACUCAUAGAUAUAGUUUUAUAUAAAUAUGUAUCUAUAUUAACUGUAACAUCACAACUUUUUUAUAUAUUUUUUAAUUGAAUCAUGAAUUCUUAUAUCAUUUAGAUAAGAUAUUUUCCAUAUUUCGUCAGUCAGUCUUAAAAGAAAAUUUAAUUGAAAUUUUUAAUUAUCUUGAACAUAAUCAAAAAGAGUACAGCACAGUCAAAUAUUUAACACAGACUGUCAAAUUAUGAUACAGAUAUUUUUAACAUUUGUGAUUAUUUCAUUCCUGCCAUAUAAUAGGUAACUUAAACCCUGUCAUAACUUAUACAUAAUAAUAUAAUAUCAUCUGAUUAGUUAUAUAUAAACACUAAAGCUUAGAGUAGUUUGUGCUUUUUCAUACUUCCAAUAAAAACCCUAAAAAUAGAUAGUUUAUCCACUAACAUAGUUACUGUAUAGUCUAUUUGAAUAAGUUAAAUAUACAAGGGCUCCUUUUUAAUAUAUGUAUAUAUUUUUAAUAUACACAAUGGAAAUUCUGAGUGACAUCACAUCGCAUAGAGUGUAUUCACGUAGGAAGCAGAUUGCCUGCGCCAAUUAUGCGCUUAUCAGUACUGCCCCUGUAGCCAAGUAGCACGACGAUUCUCUUUCUACGAUCGCAAACGCUUCGAAAACUAGAAAAAUGUAUAGGAAUGACAUUUGCUAUCACGUGAUCAAGAUCUGUCAUUCCCAUACAUCCCAUCCCAUACAUUCUAGUUUUCGAAGCGUUUGCGAUCGUAGAAAGAGAAUCGUCGUGCCACUUGGCUACAGGGACUGGGCCUGUAGCCUGAUCGAUUCUCUUUCCACAAUCGUACACGCUUCGAAAACUUAAAAUGUAUGGGAAUGACAUUUGUUAUCGGCCGGUCACGUGAUCAAGUUAUCGGUCGGAUCUGUCAUUUCCAUACAUUUUUUUUUAGUUCGGUUCUGUUUUGUCACAAGUAUAGAGAUUCUGUACGGAAUACCUGCGCCGACUAUCUUAUCUUUGCUAACCAGGUUCUGUAGCCAUGUGACACAUUCUCUUUCUAAAAACGCUAACGCUUAGAAAACUAAUAAGUUAUGGGAAUGGCAGACCGAUCGAUAACUUGAUCACGUGACCUGUCGAUAUCCAAUGUCAUUUCCCAUACAUUUUUUCAAUUUUCGACGCAUUUGUAGGAUACGCUGGAAGAUCGGCGCAGGCGACCUGCUUUCUACGUGAAUACGCCCUUAAAGCAAUGUCUGCGGCGCACGAAACAUCUAUUUGUAGUUUGAGCUCCUGUGAUGGCUAGACAUUAGUGCUUUUAUAAAAGCUGGCACUCAGGACUUUCUCCUACGGUCGACGCAUAUCUGGUUAGACGCAGCGAAAUGCAUUUCUUACUACAUACUGUUGAAAUGUAUUGUGUUAAAUUUAAAAUAAUGUGGUAACUUAAUUACCACAAUACAAUCCCCCAUUUUUUAGAACGUUUGCCAUAUCUUUUAAAUAUGACCGAUAUUUCUGUUCCUCUUCAACUAGUCGAAAAGUACUGUGUUGCCAGUCCACCGAACCGGAGCGAGGCAGCGGAGCCGAGAAAUAUUAACCAAUAGGAUUGCACUAAAUCUCCGCUGCUCUUAAGUAAGUGGACAGGGAAUUGCGAGCUAGUUUAAAAAUUCAUAUAAAAGCGGUAAGCGGAGCGGGGAAGUCAUUUCGCAUCGCAGCCUCUUCGCUUCGCAAUAGUCCGUUUCUCCGCUACGCUCCCUCGCUCCGCUCUGGUGGACUGGCAACAUUAGGAAUGGGUACGACAAUAGUCCAGCGGACGGGCUACCUUUCCGUAAUAAGUACGGCCCCUUUACCAUUGAGCUGUUGAGGGUUCAAAAUAAUAUCGAUUAAAGUCCGGCCGCUCAGAGAUUGCGUUUUUGACAGGUCGUGAUCGAAUGAGACAAACAUAUUCAAUUGCGAUUGCCUCGUUAUUUUGUCUCAUCACUACAAAAACAAACAGUUCGCAUAACCUUAAAACAGCGCAGUACAACAACCCUGUACGUCAGUUCAAAGUCACAUCGCCCAUUCGAUCACGACCUGUCAGAAACGCAAUUUCUGAGCGGCCGGACUUAGAUAAAUUCAUAUCUAUAGUGGUUUUUUAGCAACAAAUGCGCAACUUGCGUUUCGCCAGAUAUGGGUUGACACGUAAGAGAUAUUUUAUGCUGUUAAAUAUUAGGAAACAAUACUGGAAUUAGUUAAAUACUUAUACACAAUUAUUCACAAUGAGUACGGCUCGUCACAUUGUAUUAAUUGAAAACCCGUAUAAAUAAUUUUUAACAUACUUUUUUAUUAGAAAAAGUUAUUCUAUGGAUCGUAUUUAAAUUCGUUUAAUGAUUCUUUUUUUUGCAAAGUCCAUUCAAGUCUAUUUUGUAUAUAAGAUAAUAAGUACAUGUAGAAAACCUAGCUUAUCUCAAUUUAAAAAUGCACAGUCAAGGGCAAUUUGUUUUUUAGUAAGUUAUGAUUUUUUUAAUUUUCACAGUAACAUUGUGAAUAUGCGUGAUAAAUUAUUUUAAGAUUAAAAUGUUAUUUUUAUUAUUAUUGUUUUUUAACUUGUCACUUUAUGUAAUUAAUAAUAUAUUUAAUCAUGAUAGUAUAUUAAUUAGAUGCUAGUCAAUUGAAUUUACACUACUGGAUGAUUGAAUUGAAUUUAUUUAAAAAAAUAUAUAUAUAUAUUCAUAAUAGAUAUUUUCAGCUUGAACAGUAUUAUAGGUUAGGUUGAUUGAUGAAAUUAUUGUCAUUUAUGUGAUAAAAUUAAAAUUUAUUUAAAAUGCAUGAAUUUACAUUAAACAAAUUUGCGCGAGCAACGUCUAGAUAUUAAAAUAUCUUUUUAAAUAUUACUCGCAGACGCCCGACGGUUCACUGGCAUAGUUCCCGUUCCCGUGAUAAUUCGGGGAUGAAAUAUAAGCUGUGGGACUCAUAAAUAACGUGGCUUUCUAUUGGUAAAAGAGUUUACAAAAUUGGUUAGUAGAGUUACUUCCUACAGCCUUACAUACUUAUAUCGUUCAUACAAUAACUGGGAUUGAAAAAUGUGAGGUGCCCGUAGGAGGGUAAGGGUACCUACUAUAAGACAUGUUCUUCUAUCUGCCUACAUAUAUAAGAAGAUAAGAAGAUUCCUGAACUAUUUAUAACGUACGGAACCUAAGGUCGGCGAGUCUGACUUACACUUGACCGAUUUUUUCAUUUAUAUUAAUAAUUUUAUUAAUUUUAUAAAUAAAAAAAUCGGUCAAGUUUUCGAAUUAAUUCAGUGAAAAGUCGUUGCUCGCGCAAAAGUGUAAAUAGACGAGUGAAUGUUCACAGUUGACGUAAAAUCAGCCUACGAUUCACUUUCAACUCCUAAAGGUACAUAAAUGUGUUUGACUGGCGCGCUAUACGCUUAUGUGGCGUAUAUCGACAUAUUUCGAUAUAAGAUAAAGACAUAAAGAGAUAUUUAGUUUAAGCGCCUCAAACCUACUGUGAAGACAAACAUGACAAAAUGUCCACCAAUAGCGACAGAGUUGACCCAGUCCCAUCUCUUUCGUUCCAACGCAAUGAAAGAGAUAGCGGUAUUAAUUGAUUAUGAAACACAGCUAAAUUCACGUGAUAUAAGGUUGGAGUAUGCCCGACUAGUUUCGAACCCAUACGGAGCCCUUAGUCAUGAGCUGGUUCUUGCAAUGUGUCAGUUUGGAUCGUGCCGCGUUCAAGGACCAGCUCAUGACUAAGGGCCCUGUUUGGGUUUGAAACUAGUCGGGCAUACUCCGACCUUAUAUCACGUGAGUUUUAGCCGUGAUUCAUAAUCAAUUAAUAUGAAUAACACUCAUGAUAGUUUAUUUUUGCAAAUUAUGAGUUAAGUCGUUAAUCGCAUGUUGUCACGUCUGGUGAUUUAUGGUUUAUCUCAGGUGUGGACAUUCCCUUACAGUUUGAGCUAAUUAAAUUAUUUGUUGUCUCUUCUGAGUUUUGUUUUGUAUUCUUCAUCUAGUUUUGCAUUCUAACCUUAAUGAAAUUGUGACAUAUGUAGGUGCCGUUGUGUAUAACUUUUCCAAACGAUUUUCGAUCGGUCUUGUUACAGACGCAUAAUUCAACUACGGUUUUUAUCGUCUAACCUAUUUUUAAUUUCUACUGCCAAGAUUUUUAAAAUAUGUGAGAGAAUUUGAGAUUUCAUUUGUGUACUAGUUGGCCCAAAGAAUUUAAUACUCCAGUUGGCCGAUGGAUCCACAGAUUAUUACAAUACUUCCACAGAUUAUUAUUAUAAUACAGUAUUAUUUGUAUCUUUUAUAAAUCUCUAUAAGAUUUAGUGAAUCGGAUUUUUUUCAAAAGAUAUUAAAGAUAUUGUGGCUAUAUCUAAACAUUUUGAAUGUGGGCGCAAAAAAGUAUAAGGCAGUAAAUUUUCAAGUUAGACGAUAUCUUGUAAAAGAAAUAAAUUGAAAUUUUGCGUGGUAAAGAUCGCCACAGAUUGGCAACUGUUUAAAGUUUAUACAAUAAUGGCACCAGUCUAGUACAAAAACAGAAUCAAAAUUUGUAUUGCCAAUUGAAUGUAAUAUCUCGGUCUUUUGCAGUUGUGUCACUAUUCCAUAGACCUGGAUGCAAAUACGUACCUAACUACUAAUUUGAAAGCAAUGCAGAAUAAUCAGUAGAGAUUCAGAUAAUAGCCAAAAGUGGAGUUGGAAACAUUCCGAUAUGCCAAAUUAGUUUUAAAUGGUGUAAAAAUGCAUUUAAGAUUGUUUCUUUUUUAGCCUAACUUUGCUUUACUCAAACGUCUGUAUCGCCUCUUAUGAUGAUUUUCUAAAUUUAUUUUGUAGCCGUUAGAACAAUGUAGCUAGAUCUGUAUCAGACAAUGUGUUAUCGUACAUACCUCUUUUUAGAAAAUAUUUUUAUUGUGAACCUACAUUAUGUGUAGUAAAUUGUUUAUUUAAUCAUAA